AUGGAUUUCGACCCCGUCGUAGUUCUCAAUCAUUUCGUGGCACCGGGUGUGUCUGAAGCAUAUUCAGCUCCUGUUGCAGCUGCUACUGCUGUUUUCUUGAUCUAUCCAAUUGGUCAAGGAAGCUUUUCUGACGGUAUGCCUCUAGGAAUCUCUGGUACUUUCAACUUCAUGAUUGUAUUCCAAGCUGAGCACAACAUCCUUAUGCACCCAUUUCACAUGUUAGGCGUAGCUGGUGUAUUCGGCGGCUCCCUAUUCAGUGCUAUGCAUGGUUCCUUGGUAACUUCUAGUUUGAUCAGGGAAACCACAGAAAAUGAAUCUGCUAAUGAAGGUUACAGAUUCGGUCAAGAGGAAGAAACCUACAAUAUCGUAGCUGCUCAUGGUUAUUUUGGACGAUUGAUCUUCCAAUAUGCUAGUUUCAACAACUCUCGUUCUUUACACUUCUUCCUAGCUGCUUGGCCUGUAGUAGGUAUUUGGUUCACUGCUUUAGGUAUUAGCCUUAGAUGUCCAUGA